GGUGAGCGAGAAUAAUCAUCAUCAUCCUAUGGAAAAUGGCGACGCUGAAGUCGUCAGCAGCCCUUCCAAAUGGAAUGACAAACCUUGUUUUUCUGAAGCUCUCGUCGAUCCCGUCGAAGAAUCGGGAGCGGAACGAGAAUGCUGGGAAUUCCACAACGUCGUUCUUACAAGGUUACAAGGCUAUGGAUUCGGAAUUGCUGUGAGUGGAGGUAAAGAUAAUCCUAAUUUUGCGAAUGGCGAUCCUUCUAUUGCUAUAUCAGAUGUUCUGAAAGCUGGACCAGCUGAAGGAAAACUUCGGAUCAACGAUCGAGUUAUAAGUGCUAAUGGCGUCUCUCUUGAAAAUGUUGAUUAUGCCACCGCAGUGCAAAUUCUCAGAGAAUGUGGACCCACUGUUAAUCUGGUCAUAAAAAGGAGAGUUGUUUUACCAGCUAAUAACAAUGGACCUCAGACCCUUAAAGUUACUUUAACAAAGAACAAAAAGAAAGAAGAUUUUGGAAUUGUGUUGGGUUGUUGGAUAUACAUUAAAGAAAUAACUAAUAAGUCAUUAUUAACUAAAGAAGAAUCUGUACACGAAGGAGACAUUAUAACUAAGAUAAACAGUAACAGUGUUGAUGGUCUCACUUUUAAAGAAGCUAAGAAAUUGAUAGACAAUUCUAAAGAGAAGCUUCAUCUUGUAGUGCGAAGAGAUGGGAGCAAAACAACAGAGAGCCAAGAGCACUGGUCCAACUCCAACAGAUAUAUCGCAGACAAUAAUAUUUCUCCUAACAAAGAUAUGCCCAUAUCUCCAAGUGUUAUUGAUAUUUCAUCUUCCAGAUCUCUUUGGAGUAAUCAAAAUGUGUAUGUUCAGUCCCCAACUAGAGAUUUCAAAUCUUCAACAACAAAACUGACUGAUAAAAAUAACUUAGCAAGACCACAAGGAAACUGGAAUCACAAUUUGACAGAAAAUAUCCACAGCCCUCCAGACAAUCUGAACCAAAUGCCGAUGAAUGCUCAUAGUCCAAAUAGAAUGGAGGAUCUAUAUGUACCUCCACGACCACCUUUACCUCAAGAUAACAGAAAUGAUAACUAUGAUUAUUUUAGAAGAUCUUCAACACCGCCAGAUCCACGAUUCAUAUCAUUUCAAAAAGAUGGAACCGUUGGAAUACGUCUCACUGGAGGCAACGAUGUUGGUAUUUUUGUGACCGGUGUUCAGCAUGGAACUCCAGCUUUUUUGCAAGGGUUGCAGUCUGGGGACAAAAUUUUAAAAGUGAAUGAUAUAGAUAUGCGAGGCUUCACAAAGGAAGAAGCUGUUGCCUUAUUGGUUGGCAUACAGGAUCAAGUGAAUCUCAUUGUCCAAUAUCGAAAAGAGGAAUAUGAAGAUGUUAUAAAUAAUCAAAAAGGAGAUUCAUUUUACAUUAGGACUCAUUUUAGUCAUGAGAGUACAGGCAAAGGCGAGCUUAGUUUCCGUAAAGGUGAAGUUUUCCAUAUUGUGGAUACAUUACAUAAUGGAAAACCUGGAUCUUGGUUGGUGUACAGAUUAGGAAGAAAUGGGCAAGAAAUACAACGUGGAGUGAUACCCAAUAAUUCUAGAGCCAAAGAAUUAGCACAAUCUCAAAAUGUAUCUUCUAAAAAAGAAAACGAAGAAAGUGGGCGAGGAAGUUUCUUUCGUCGAAGGGCAAGACGUUCUAAAUCAUUAUGUAAAGACCAUUGGGAAGAUAUUGUUCUUGCUGACUCAGUUACAAGAUUUCCUCCCUAUGAAAGAGUUGUAUUGAAACAACCUGGCUUUAUCAGACCUGUAGUUCUUUUUGGUCCAAUAACUGAUGUUGUGAAGGAGCGGCUUCUAAAAGACUACCCUGGAUGCUAUGCAUCCCCUCAAUCUGACAAUCAGUUAGAAGAUGAGCAAAGUAACCUUAAAUCUCCUGGGAUCAUUCGCUUGAGUGCCAUUAGAGAUGUCAUUGAUAAGGGAAAACAUGCCAUUUUAGACAUCACGCCAAGUGCAGUGGAUCGUCUUAACUAUGCACAGUUCUAUCCCGUUGUAGUUUUCAUGCAUGCUGAGAAUAAGCACAUAAUUAAAGAACUCAGGAACAAAUGGGCAAAAUCUAGUUACAAGAGUUCAAGAAAGCUUUAUGAGCACGCCUGCAAAUUAGAAAAAUUAUGGUCACACAUAUUUACAGCUUCCAUUUCCCUUUCUACUGGAGAUUCUUGGUAUAAGAAAUUGCAAGAAACAAUUGAUAGACAACAAAAACAACCAUUAUGGGUGUCUGAAGCUAAACCUGAUGAAGCAAUUACUGAUGAUUUCUUAUUUCCGAUGACUUCCCGUUUGAGCUAUGCCUCGUCACCUGAAAGUGAUUUAGAUAUCUCGAUGGAAGCACGCACAUCCAGCUUCAGGGAGCCGAAUGAACAAAAAGAUCGGAGGUUGGUGAAAUCAUCCAGCGACCCAAGCAUAACUGCAGCAGAGGAAUUAGCUGAUGCUAAAUCAUACAAUCGAUAUCCUUCAUAUACACUGGGAAGAAGUAGUCAUCACCAUCAACUUCUCUACCCGUUCUACAUCUUUAGAAGGGAAACUGCUAUACCACUUCAGUCUGUCUUCAAAAAUGCCAAUGAUAUGCUUACAGUUCCAGCAAAAGUACUACCAGUUGAGCAAGAAGAAUACAUGCAGCACCUUUCUAAAAGUAAUAGCAACAAUGGAACUUAUGGGGUCCAACAACAAAGAACAAGAAUUGACCCUUAUGCCACUUUGACACCCAGUGAGAGAGUUGCCAACCAAAUUAGCAAUGAAUUAAAAAAUAUGUAUGAAACUGGCCCCCGCAGCUUAAAUCCUCGACCUCCUCAAAUCGAUAGAACUAGCAAGCCUAGCGUUAACUAUGAUCCCAAUAGCUACCCUUCAAAUCUUCCUGAUGUCAACAUGAAUGUUCCACACGAUUAUAUCAACACAAUGGAAAAUUUUGACAUUUUACCUCCUGUUCAAGAUAGAACUAUCUUUAGCAAUGGGCCAUCAUACCCUGAUGAAUCUCCUGCAGUACCGAACAGCCCUCCAUACACUUCGUCUCAGUUUUCAGUUCGAGACUUUGAGUCUAUCUCUCCAAGAAUUCAACCCAAUCCUUCCAUCCCAUAUCAGUCCAUGACUUUAGAUCGUGUGAAAUUUUCACAAAUGAAAAAUAGACAUGACAUUAAACCACCCCCUCCACCACCCCCAGUAAAGUCUACAAAAACUAGACUUUCUGAUGGACGACCUGUGCCACCACCUAAACCAUCUCUUCUGCAGAGUAAACAUUGGACAGCAGAUUCCAGCAGACCCCCAGAAAUUCCUCUCAAACCCAACCUCCCUCAAGAAAAUGGACACACUCCUCUCUCACCAUAUCAUUCUAGAUCUUAUCCCACAUCUCCUUCUAAACCUCCUCCUCCUCCCAAGAGGAAAGAUCCAUCUUUUUAUAAACAAUUCCAAGAUAAUCUUGCAGACAUUCCACCCGAUGCUGCCAUGGCACACUCUUAUAGUCAAGAAAACAUGUGCACUUAUCCUAAUCGUCCUUACAGCAAUGUUAUGUUCAAUCAGAAGAAUGGACCCCAAAUUUCUCCCUCACCUCCACUCAAUCUAGACCUCUCCGCUCGAGAGAACAGGGGGAGCGCUUUUGAGCUGUAUAAAAAGUCAGAUGGUUUGCAUCAAGAUCAAAAUGGUCUAAGGAAAAAAUAUGAGGAUACAGAGGAUGGACAUAGCGUUAUAGCAUCUGCACAGGGAGUGUUUGGAUAUGAAGGAGGCACCCUGACAUCUAGGGAAACAGGUGUCACAAUCCUCAUACCACCUGGCGCCAUAUCAGAGGGAGAAAGGCAUGAAAUAUAUUUUAAAGUGUGCCAGGAUCCUAAUAUGUUGCCACCACUUGACAAGGACAAAGGAGAGACUUUACUGAGCCCCUUAGUGAUGUGCGGUCCACACGGUCUUAAAUUCAAUAUUCCAAUUGAAUUAAGGCUGCCCCAUUGUGCCUCAAUAAGUCCAGAUAGUUGGUCUUUUGCUCUAAAAUCAAGUGAUACUGCAAAUGGUGAGCCUGCAGAGUGGCAAAAUUUGGAAAGCAGAGAUGGCAUGACUUCUAGCCGUGUAGAAAAUGAUUAUGUGUCCGUUCUAGUAGAUCAUUUUUAACAAAUUAUUGUACAUUUAUAAAAAUAAUAAAUAUGUAAAGUAAAGCAAGAACUUUGCCAAAGAUUUUUUAUGAGAAUAGCUACAUGAAUUAAAGAGAAAUAUGACAAAACUAAUUGUUAUAUAAAUGAUAAAUUGUUAUUUAUAUAUACUACUAUUAAAUUAAUAUUAUCAAACUUAAAAACUCUAUGUUAUUUAAAUGCUUUUAUUAAUUUUCAGUUUUUUUAAUUUUUAUUUCUGUUUCUGUCCUAGUUUUAAAUGUUGUUUGAAAUAUAAGCUUCUUUUUUUUACAUUUUGUGUUUAAGUAUUUUUAUUGUAUAUAAAAAUAUAUGUUCUAAUAAAGUUAAUUCUUUAAAACAUA